CUUCCGCCGCGGACGUUUCCGCUGCCAGCAAAGAUGGCGGCGUCUAGUUCACGUACCGUGGGCAGAGUGGGCUCCUUUCUGGGAAAAUGUGGGAAUUGCAGCACGAGUAUAAACACAGUCACGUCGCAGCUGAGCCGGCAGGUGCUGAGCAGGCGGAUAUGUGUGAGCUCUGCCCUGCACAGAAAGAACCUGGCGGCUGCAGGACCGGAGAAGUUCACGGUGGAGUUCAUCCAGAAGCAGGUGGAGGAGUACAACAUCGGGAAACGGCACCUGGCCAACAUGAUGGGAGAAGACCCCGAGAACUUCACCCAGGAGGACAUAGAUAGGAGCAUCGCCUACCUCUUCCCCUCCGGCCUGUUUGAGAAGAAAGCCCGGCCCCUCAUGAAGCAUCCAGAGGAAAUCUUUCCAAGGCAGAGAGCUGUCCAAUGGGGAGAAGACAGACGGCCUUUCCACUUCCUGUUCUACACGGGCAAACAGUCCUACUACUCUCUGAUGCAUGAAUUAUACGGCAAAAUCCUGAACAUAGAGAAGUACCAAGAUCGUCUGAGAGCCAAAGGAGUCUUGUCCAAAGACGUCAAGCAGAUCUCUCUGGGCACAAGCAGGUGGCUCCUGAAGGAGGAACUGGAGGCGCUGCUGGUGGAGACCAUCUCCACUCACGAUUACAAUCGCUUCAUCCAGCUGAUGGAGCGUCUGCUGUCUAUGCCCUACUGCGCCACUGAGGAGGAGUUUGUCCUGCGUUACCGCCAGCAGCUAGAGGCCCAGUCCAGGAAGCAAAUGGUCGCGCCGCUGGAGAGGGACGAGCGGGGCGUGGCCUUCAGCACCUCAGACGGCCGAAGGAAGACGUCUAACUCCUCCGUGGUGCUGAGAGACUGCGGCUCAGGACGCAUCACCAUCAACGGCCAAGAAUACCUGCACUACUUCCCCGUCCUACAAGACAGAGAGCAGCUGAUGUUCCCGCUUCAGUUCAUGGGCAUGCUGGGACGCUUCGACCUGGAAUGCACCGUCAGCGGCGGCGGGCGGUCCAGCCAGGCGGGGGCGCUGCGGCUCGCCAUCUCCCGGGCCCUGCUCAGCUUCCUGUCUGAGGGAGAGGUAGAGACCAUGAGACAAGCUGGUCUGCUGACCCCUGACCCCAGAGUGAGAGAGAGGAAGAAGCCAGGUCAGGAGGGAGCAAGAGAGAAAUUCACCUGGAAGAAACGCUGAGGAGGAGGAGGAGGAGGAGGAGGAGGAGGAACAUUCACACCGACUCCCUCUUACGCCCCAGUUUGAACUGAUCUCGUUGUUCCCAGAGGCCACGUCACUCGUGUCUGAUUUAGUUUAUUUAAGCUCCCGGAAGAACAACCAGCUGAAUGUCUCAUACAGCUGCCAUGUUUUCCAGAUGCAGCUCCUCCUCUACGAGCUGCAGUUUGCUCCUUCGGCCACCAGAUGGAAGUCUAUGUCAAGGAAUGAAUAAGUUGAACAUGUUUAUCAGUGUAUGAAUCAAUAAAUUAAGUAUUUUUUUCUCAUAAAAA